AUGUCUUCUACACCAGGUCUUGUGGGUUAUUCCCAAGACCCGUCUGGCACACCAGACCAAUCCGAAGAAGCAGCUGCAAAAGAAGAAUUCGAAUCCAUCAAGCCUCGUGCCGAAGAACUUGCAAACGAUGCCCGAAAAAACGCUUCAAAGAGCGUAAGAAAUGCAUCUAACGCAGAGUAUGGACCAAACCAACGAAGCGACGCUUUCAAACGUGGAGAAAAGAUUGGAAUUGAUGUUGGGACUGAGAAUUCAGCUGGAGGAACGACUGCCGUUCCGGAGCCGGCGGAUCGCACCGAUAGCGAAAAGAGCAAGAGGUCCGAGAAGGUUGGGAGGGAAGUACCAGCGAGUAUCAAUCCUCACUCUAAGGAACCGAAUCCUGGUGAUUAUUAUGGGUCUACUGGUGGAUACUAA